GUAAAACUGUGGAUAUCGCAGUAAGGUGGUAUUAUUCGCCUGAAUUAAAUGAGUGGGUUUCUGAUAGGAUUUACUUUUUGGUGAAUACCAAUUGGAAUUUAGCUUCAUUUCAGGGAGCACAUUAUACUGUCAGUCGAAAUUGAACCUUAAUUGUACCGCAUGUGCUGCUUCAGCUGAGUGUGGGCCGUGCUUGUCGCGGUCAAUCGGUGCCGGAUUUGUUCCUCGUGUUGUGAUGGCUCUCGGAAGUGAAGUGAAUGAUGAUAAUUCUACAAAAAAUACUUCUCAAAAAGUGAAAAACGGUUCGGCUAGCAACAAUGUGAAGGACAAGAGUGGUAGCGAGAAUGUUAUCAAAGCCGACAAGGUGGAGGUCACAAAGAUGAAAAAGAACAUAUCGGUGAAGACGGCAGGCAGCAACGGGCACGCGCGCACGCCAAACGGGCGCGCCGACGACGAGGGCGGUGGUAGCGCGCGCGUGUCCUACGCGGCUGCCGCGCGCAAGCCACCAUCCCCCGGUACCAACCCGGCACCGUUCCCUAUGCCCACAGAAACCACACAAAAAUCAAAAAGCAAUAACGAAAAGACACAAACGAAUUCCAGUAAAUCCAAUUUAAAGGUUAACGGGGAAGAACGGAUACCUAGCGACAGUGAUGUUAAAGAAGACAAGUCACACACCAAAGAGCAAAUUGUAAAUGGAACAAACAAAUCGCACGAGACCAUUAUUAAUGGCGAUGCUAAAAAAGAAAAUUCAGAAUGUGAUAUUAGUAGUAGUAGAGAUAAUGGUAAAGUAGUUUCUAAUGGAAUUAACAGUGAUUCAGACGAUUCGAAGUCCAGCAAGUCUGACGAGGGUCAUGAUGUCGUAUUACCGAAGGUUUGUCCGAAGAAAAACUCUGACAGUAGGGUAUCUGAUAAGAAAAAAGAGAGCAAAAAGACUAAGGCGGCAGCUGAUAAGAGUAGUGAGUCUGAAAAGAAAGUGAGUGUUAUCGUAACGGAUAAGAAAGAAGAAGAUUCAAAGGAAGCGGACGCAACAGAAAAAGUUAACGGUGAAUGUAAUAAAGUCGUUAAUGGAGAUAAAGAUAGGGAGUCGACGCCCAGUGAAGAUGGUGAUGACAAAAAGAGAGAUGCUGAGGUUGUUUUCAUUCAAGAUAUGGGAUUCACUGUUAAAAUUGUUAGCCCUGGAGCGGAACCAUUAGAUAUUCAGGUAUUGAGCAUGGAGCUCGUGCAAGAAAUCCAUCAGGUGUUGAUGGAUCGCGAAGACACCUGUCACAGAACCUGUUUCUCUCUGCAACUCGACGGCGUCACCCUAGAUAACUUCGCGGAAUUGAAAAAUAUUGAAGGAUUAAAGGAAGGAUCAGUUAUCAAAGUGGUAGAAGAACCGUACACGAUGCGGGAGGCUCGCAUCCACGUGCGUCACGUGCGCGACCUGCUCAAGUCGAUAGACUACACCGACGCCUACGCCGGGCAAGAGUGUAGCUCGCUUGCCUUCCUCAAUGUUAUCACCCAGGGCGAUAUACUUGAAAAGAAGAAGUCGCGCCCAGAGAGCGUGGAUUGCACGCCGCCCGACUACAUAAUGCCAGGCAGCACAGAGCGGCCAUUAUUACCCUUGCAUCCGGGGCUGACCAAGGAAAACAAAGCUCCCCAAUGUUUGAAGGUGCUGACGACCUCGGGUUGGAACCCGCCGCCGGGCCCGCGCAAGAUGUGCGGCGACCUGCUGUACCUACACGUCGUCACUCUCGAGGACCGCCACUUCCAUAUCACGGCGUGUCCCCGCGGAUUCUACCUCAAUCAGUCCACCGAAGAAGUGUUCAACCCCCGCCCCUCCACCCCGUCCCUGCUGUGCCACUCCCUCAUCGAGCUGCUGAGCAUCGUGUCGCCCGCGUUCAAGCGCAACUUCGCUCUGGUCCAGAAGAAACGCAUGCAGAAACACCCCUUCGAGAGGGUCGCGACACCGUACCAGGUAUAUCAAUGGGCGUCGCCUGUGCUCGACCACACAGUGGAUGCGAUACGCGCAGAGGACACAUUUUCGUCAAAGCUCGGUUAUGAAGAACACAUCCCGGGGCAGACGCGCGACUGGAACGAGGAGCUGCAGACCACUCGGGAGCUGCCUCGCGGCACGCUGCCCGAGCGGCUACUUCGAGAGAGGGCUAUUUUUAAGGUUCACAGCGACUUCGUAGCGGCGGCGACGCGCGGCGCCAUGGCCGUCGUGGACGGGAACGUGAUGGCCAUCAACCCCGGCGAGGAGCCCAAAAUGCAGAUGUUCAUUUGGAACAACAUCUUCUUCUCGCUGGGCUUCGAUGUGCGCGACCACUACAAGGACUUGGGAGGAGAUGCGGCCGCCUUCGUCGCGCCGCGCAACGACCUCCAAGGAGUCCGCGUAUACAGCGCCGUGGACACCCCCGGGCUGCACACGCUCGGCACCGUCGUGGUCGACUACCGCGGCUACCGCGUCACCGCGCAGUCCAUCAUCCCCGGCAUCCUCGAGAAGGAGCAGGAGCAGAGCGUCGUCUACGGCAGCAUCGACUUCGGCACCACCGUGCUCUCGCAUCCCAAGUAUAUGGAGCUGCUCAGCAAAGCCGGUCAGCAGCUGAAGAUAAUGCCGCAUUCCGUAACCAGCGCCAACGGCGAGACCGUCGAACUGUGCUCGAGCGUGGAGUGCAAGGGCAUCAUCGGCAACGACGGCCGUCACUACAUCCUCGACCUGCUGCGCACCUUCCCGCCCGACGUCAACUUCUUACAGCUUGAAGACGACGAGCUGAGAGAAGACAUCAAAGCUAUGGGCUUCCCUAUUAUCCACAAGCACAAGUUGUGUUGCCUUAGGCAGGAAUUAGUUGAUAGUUUCGUUGAGGCCCGUUACUUCAUGUUCAUCCGCUACGCAGCGUUCCACCUCCAGCAGCUCAGCGCCAAGCGCCAGCGCGACUCCGGCGACGCCAAGCCAAUCGAAGCCGGCAAAGAGCCAGAGGACAAAGAUCAGCCCAAGAAAACCAAAGAGCCGGAGACAAAACGCGACAAGAAGAGCCAGGAGAAAGAAGCCAAAGAUAAGAAGAAGGAUAAAAAAGAGAAGGAAAGUGCCAAAAAAGAAGAGGUUAAGGUUGAGAAAGACAGUGAAAAACCCAAGGAGGAUGAUUUAUUGUUGAAUGAGAAUUACUCAGAUAUCGAUACCGACGUCGCUAAGAAGAUUGUAGAAAGCAUCACAGAUUCUAUCUGCGGUGACAAGGAUAAGGAAGAGAGUGAUACAGGCGGGCGCUCCCGCGCGGUAGUGGCAGCAGCGGCUCGCGCCGUAUCGUCCCUGAAGGAGUCUGAGUUCGACGUGCGCUUCAACCCCGACGUGUACUCGGCCGGCAUCCGCCACGCCGCGCCGCCCGGCUCGCUGGCGUGCCAGCGCCACCUCGUCAAGGAGGCCGCCGCCUUCCUGCUCACUACUCAGAUACCCGCCUUUGUUCGCGAAUGCCUGGAGCAGCAGGCGGCGCCCAUGGACGGCGCGGGGCUGGCGGAGGCGCUGCACGCGCGCGGCAUCAACGUGCGCUACCUGGGCCGCGUGGCCGCCGCGCUCAAGCCCGUGGCCUCGCUGCAGUACCUGCACGCCAUCGCCGUCGGCGAGCUCGUGCUGCGCGCCGCCAAGCAUCUCUACACUGCCUACCUGCAGGGUUGCGAGCCGAUGUGCAUCGGGUCGGGCGUGGCGCACUUCCUGAACUGUCUUCUCGGCGCAUGCGCCGCGCCGGCGGUGUCGGGCGCAGACACGCUGGCGCCGGCGCGGGGGCGCGGAGGCCGCGGCCGCCGCACGCGCCGCCCCGCGCCCGCCAGCCCGCUGCCCGAGUGGCAGAACCUUACGCCUAAGGCGCUGUUUGCGCAGAUCAAGCAGGAGCUCAAGGCGUAUUGGGGCUAUGAAUUGGCUGCCGAUAACAUGGACAAUGUUAUAGAAAAACACGGCCUACAAAAAAUAUCACUUCUCAGGUCCUUCGCAUUGAAAGUCGGGCUCCAAAUUAUGCUGCGGGAAUAUGAAUUUGAAAGCAAGAACAAGACCACAUUCUCCAGCGCAGACAUUAUGAAUAUCUUCCCCGUUGUCAAACAUAUCAAUCCUAGGGCAUCAGACGCCUACAAUUUCUACACAACCGGCCAAAACAAAAUCCAAGCGGGCUCCGUAUCCGAGGGCCACGAACUGAUCGCGGAAGCUCUCAACCUGCUCAAUAAUGUGUACGGAGCUAUGCACGGCGAGAUCGCGCAGUGCUUGAGGAUGGUCGCGCGACUGUGCUACGUGACAGGCGAACAUAGGGACGCGAUGGCGUACCAGCAGAAGGCCGUGCUCAUGUCAGAGAGGGUCAACGGCAUCGACCAUCCUUACACUAUUACUGAAUAUUCGCACCUGGCGCUGUACUGCUUCGCCAACGGGCAAGUGAGCACGGCGCUCAAGCUGCUGUACCGCGCGCGCUACCUCGCGCUGCUCGUCUGCGGCGAGAACCACCCCGAGAUGGCGCUGCUCGAUAGCAACAUCGCUUUAAUACUGCACGCGGUCGGCGAAUACGAGCUGUCCCUGCGCUUCGUGGAGCGCGCACUGAGCGUGACGUGCGCGGUGCACGGCGCGCGCUCGCUGAAGGCGGCCGUGGCGCGCCACCUGCUCGCGCGCACGCUGUCCUGCCUCGGCGACUUCCGCGCCGCGCUCCAGCACGAGAAGGAGACCUACUCCAUAUACAAGCAGCUGUUGGGCGAGAAGCACGAGAAGACGCGCGAGUCGUCGGAGUGCCUGCGGCACCUGACGACGCAGGCGGUGGUGCUGCAGAAGCGGCUGGCCGAGGCCUACGCGCGCGCGCCGCACCAGCCGCCGCAGCACCCGCCGCUGCACAUCCAGCCGCCCGGCAUGGCCUCCGUCAUCGACAUGCUCAACCUCAUCAACGGCAUACUCUUCGUGCAGAUCAGCCCUCAAGAUAUCGAGCAGUUCAAAGCAGAAAUAGAAAAAAGACAACUAAAAGACUUACCGAUCCCAGGCCUUGCUGAACUAAGCACCGGCAAAGAGAAAGUCGAGAAAACUGAGCUGAACGCGGGCGGAGACGCGUCGUCAGAGAGUUGAAACCGCCGGCCGUAAUCCACUCCCGCUUUACAUCCAGGGCCGGAUUAACCAUAGGCAAUGAAGGCUAUUUAGGGGCUGAUCAGGUUUCACAGAUAACUGAGUUUACUGGAUUGUUACCGUCAAAACUUUAACGGUUUACAAUCUACUCCAUAAAAACGAUAGCGCCGCGAGCGCCAUCUAGUUCGGGUGUCAAAGUAACAACCAUUGUAAUAUUUUUAGAAUCAAUCCGUGUUUAUUGAUAACUCGUUAUCUGUGGCUCUAUUCAGAGAAUAACACGAAGGGAAAUGCCUGACGCUUGCGUUGCCAAUAGGCCGAUGCACACAGCUAUGCGUUAUCCAGCUCCCUUCGCAGCACAUCGCUUGCGUUGCGUAAGGGCUCAUUUAGACGAAGCGAGAACUCGCAUGCGAGUUUCAUUACAUUGCGGGUGUUGAUCGGUUGGUUGAAUUGGACGUAACCGCAAAAGUCCGCAAUGUAGCUAAAAUUGCAUUCGAGUACGCGCGCCGUCUAAAUCAGCCUUAAGGAUGGUAUUCCAUUCCAUCUAUCCAAUUUCUUUGUCCAAUGUGUAUUGCGUCUCACAUUUUGCUUUGUGAGAGAUCGAGACGCAAUGACAUGAUAAAGAAAUUGGCCAGGUGGAAUACCACACUAAGCACUGGUAACGAAUGCGGCGCCCAACGCUAGCGAUGUACUGCGUAGAAAGCAGGAAACUUGCUAUAUUCGCAACUGAUGUGGCCUGGCCUCAAAUGCCUGUUUGGCUUAAUCCGGCCCUGAACAUUUAUUAUACAUUGUUACUUUAUAAUUAUUGAUUGAUGAUAUUGUUCCUUAUUAUCGAAGAAUGUAUGCCGUAGUAGGUAGCGUGCUAAGGUUUGAUGUAGAUUUUUUUAUUAGUCAAAUUUUGAUGGUAAUUAUUUCGAUCAAAUAAUUAUGCGUUAUUUUAAGUCUCGCAGAGUGCAAUAGGUUUAUGUGCAUGUGCGUACGUUGCGUAUUUCGCUCAAAUCACCUGAACACGAUGAUUUCGUAGGACCUAAAAUCGGCCUUCAGUUUUCUACAUUCUUAUACAAGAAAGUAGUGUAACAUUGGUUGAAUUCUGUACACUAUGAAGAGAAAUAAUAUGCCUAAUGACAUUCGAUUCUAGUCCAAAUAAUAUCAGUAAAAAAGCUUAAAAUAAAGGAUCUUCGAGAUAUUAAUUUGGAGUUAUAACACUAAACUAACUCCGGAAAUAGGUACAAUGUUUCUUAUGAAAUUCAUAUUUUUUUCGACAAUUUUUUUUAUAUGUUACUAUAACCUGAUGGCAUAUCUCUUUAAAUGAGGAAGCUAUUUAUAUUGUUUAUUUAUAUAUUUAUUUAUGCAAAAUAUAAUUUAUAAUAAAGAACUCCUCGUUUUGGCAAUCGUGUUAACACAGUAAUAGUUAUUUACGAUACAAGUGCGGAAAAGAGGAAAUUCGAAACGAGUGGCGAUAAAUUAAAACACACCGAAGGGAGUGUUUUAAAUCGACACGAGUUGCGAAUUACCUAUUCGCACGUGUACCGUACAACGUUUUACAGUACAUAUGGCCCUUUAAACUUUCGACAUACGCACGAAAAGUGCUAUUUUACGCACUAGUUCGGGAAAAUAAGACCAUAUGUACUGUAAAUAACUAUUUCGGCUAUGUUUCACUAGGCAUAUGCAUGCAUUAAUUAUUUUGAAAAGUACCUACUUAUACCGAUUUUGAGGUCCUGCAAUCACUGUGUGAAUGUAGGUUUAAUUUUAUGCUUCCGUUUCAAAUUCACAAUUUGAUCGUUAUCCGAUGUAGUGCAAUGGAAAUGUAGUGAUAAUAGCAAUAAGUUUCGGUUGUGAGCCCGGACCGCACUGCGCCCGGUGUCCGGCGUCCGGCGUCUGGUGCUACCGGCGAGUCCGAAUAAACAAAUGAUUUUAUGAAUUGUUAUGUCGAGUAUUAUUUCUUUACUUAAUUAGUACGGGAGUAUAUUGUUGACAUGCCCAUAGUCGUAGAAAUUUUGUUAUAUUGUCAUUGAAAUGUAACAGGAUUUGAACAUUUCUGUAGGUUUUUAAUUACGUAACAUAUAGGUAUUGAUCAGAUUUCUAGAUUGUAUUUUGUUUUGUAGCUAGUUGCCUGUUUGCGAUGAUCCGUGUCGUUAGAGCGUCCGCAAUGUCGCGCGGGUGAAAUUGAAGGGAUGGUUACAAAAACAACAUAACUGCUUAGAGCGGUUGACACUUUUUUAAGAACAUUGUUAAUCGUUUCAGGUGUCAACCAGUGUAGUCAGUUAUGUUUUUUGUAAACAUCCCUUCAAUUGCAGGUACAAUCCGCCGCACGCGCUCACGUCAGUUAGGCUUAGAACGCACUUUGAUAUUUUUUUUGCGGUAUCAGUCAAAUUCCUUGCGUUUUCAGUCUUGCAAGUGCGCGACCUUAUGAUUCAUGCCGUACGUUACACUUUUUGCGGUUCUGAAACCGCAAGAAAUGAAUCGCAGUGCGUGCUAAUCCUUAGCGGCGCUCAAUUUUUCUUUAACCCACUCGUCCGCUCUGUGUACACGCGCGACGUAGCGGACGCCCUUAGUCAACCGCAGUUUCGACCAAAGUAAUGACUAUGACGAGUGACGGAAGAUAUACGCUACAUGGGAGCCUGGAUUGGAAAGACGUAAAUUAAACUCCGAAUUAUCUACUGAUAUAAUAUACACUGCCUUCGAUUGUUAGCUUACUUUCAGAUUUUAGUGUGAUUAGUGCCAUAUAAUGUAGUGAGAAUAAAUCUCUUCGUAAUGUUUCUGUUAGUCUGUGAUAUGAAUUGUUUUAUCAACGAGCCACUUGCCUUGCUGAU